UACAAAGUCCCAGCUGGGUUGAUUUUGGUUUAUCUUAUUUUUGUAAACACAUUUCUCUCGUGUCGGACAAACGAGGAACACUUCACAUUCUAAAUCAAGGGACCCUAAUGGAAAACUAUGAAUAAUGCACUUGUGUUAUGAUGAGAUCACAGCACCAACCUAGAGGCCAGACAGUGGACCAAAUAGUUUACUCUGGACUCUUAGUUGUUAUAACAGUGAGGAAAAACUAGAAGUGUGUGACUACUCUUAAUAUUUAUGACAUGAAAAUUAUGGAGCUAAAGAAUAGAAAAAAACGAGAAGCUGAUAUAGAAGUAUUACCAAGUGUUUUAGGGAUCAAGCAAGAACUAUAUGUGGACAACAAGCCAGAAAUUUUGAAUAUAAUUUCAGCUGAAUACAUAAAACAAGAGGAGUUUACAGAAACUGAUGACACAAAAGCAAAUGUAUUGUCAACAUGUGAAAACAAAAAUCAUGAUUUAUUAUCAGAAUUUACAACACAUGUAGACAACAAACCAGAUAGACUUGAUUUAUUUUCAGUUUUUGAAGAUAUAAAACCUGAUGGUUUAAAUGCAGGGCUAAGCCUAUCACUAGAGACAACUCAUGCUGACAAUAUUUCUCAUAUAAAGACAGAGUUAUCAACUGAUUUAUCAGAGCUUAAGGAUAUGCUUAUAAGCAACAUUGAAAAUCCAACAUCAAAUCAGGUUGAAUUAUUAAAGAAGUGUAAGAAGCAAAACUUAAAAUCUUCAAAGCAUAAAACUCUUCCAGUUCUAGUAAAAUGGAAAGAAUCACACACAGAUGUGAGGUCAUAUGAGUGUAAUGUGUGUCAUAAAAAGUUUGCUACUAGGACAUAUCUAAAACAACAUAAUAAAGCAAUUCAUUUAGGAGAAAGGUUACAUGAAUGUGGAGUCUGUCAUAAAAAUUUUACUACAAGAGGUAAUCUAAAUCUACAUAUAGCAAUUCAUUCAGCAGAAAAGAAACAUGAGUGUGAUUUAUGUCAUAAAAAAUUUGCUUCAAAAAGUCAUCUAAAUCAACAUAAAGCUAUUCAUUCAGCAGAAAAGAAACAUGAGUGUGAUUUAUGUCAUAAAAAAUUUGCUUCAAAAAGUCAUCUAAAUCAACAUAAAGCUAUUCAUUCAGCAGAAAAGAAACAUGAGUGUGAUGUGUGUCAUAAGAAAUUUAUUUCAAAGAGUCAUCUAAAUCAACAUAAAGCUAUUCAUUCAGCAGAAAAGAAACAUGAGUGUGAUGUGUGUCAUAAGAAAUUUGUUUUAAAGAAUCAUCUAAAACAACAUAAAGCUACUCAUUCAGCAGAAAAAUCACAUGAGUGUGAUGUGUGCCAUAAAAAGUUUACCACCAAGCAUAACCUAAAUAUACAUACAACUAUUCAUUCAGAAGUAAAGCUACAUGAAUGUGAGGUGUGUCUUAAAAGAUUUUCUAGAAAGUUCUCCCUAAAUCAACACAGAGCAAUUCAUUCAACAGAAAAGUCUCAUGAAUGUGAUGUAUGUCAUAAACAAUUUGCUUCAAAGAAGUAUCUAAAUAAACAUAAAGCAAUUCCUUCACUAAAUAAACAUAAAGCAAUUCAUUCAGCGGAAAAGUCUCAUGAGUGUGAUGUAUGUCAUAAAAAAUUUACAACAAGGGCUUACCUAAAUAUACAUAAAGAUAUUCAUUCAGAGGUAUAUGAAUGUGAUGUGUGCCAUCAAAAAUUUACCACCAUUUUAACUCUAAUUAAACAUAAAUCAAUUCAUUCAGCAGUUAAGUCACACGAGUGUGAUGUGUGUCAUAAAAAGUUAUCUACCAAGAGUAACCUCAAUGUACAUAAAACCAUUCAUUUACCAGAAAAGUUACAAGAGUGUGAUGUAUGUCAUAAAAAAUUUGCAAAAAGGGCUACCCUAAAUGAACAUAAAGCCAUUCAUUCAGCAGAAAAGAAAUAUGAGUGUGAUGUGUGUCAUAAGAAAUUUGUUUUAAAGAGUCGUCUAAAUCAACAUAAAGCUACUCAUUCAGCAGAAAAAUCACAUGAGUGUGAUGUGUGCCAUAAAACGUUUACCACCAAGCACUACCUAAAUAUACAUAAAACAAUUCAUUCAGAAGUAAAGCUACAUGAAUGUCAGGUGUGUUUUAAAAGAUUUUCUAGAAAGUCCUCCCUAAAGAAACAUGGAGCAUUUCAUUCAGCGGAAAAGUCUCAUGGAUGUGAUGUAUGUCAUAAACAAUUUGCUUCAAAGAAGUAUCUAAAUAAACAUAAAGCAAUUCCUUCACUAAAUAAACAUAAAGCAAUUCAUUCAGCGGAAAAGUCUCAUGAGUGUGAUGUAUGUCAUAAAAAAUUUACAACAAGGGCUUACCUAAAUAUACAUAAAGAUAUUCAUUCAGAGGUAUAUGAAUGUGAUGUGUGCCAUCAAAAAUUUACUACCAUUUUAACUCUAAUUAAACAUAAAUCAAUUCAUUCAGCAGUUAAGUCACACGAGUGUGAUGUGUGUCAUAAAAAGUUUUCUACCAAGAGUAACCUCAAUGUACAUAAAAUUAUUCAUUUACCAGAAAAGUUACAAGAGUGUGAUGUAUGUCAUAAAAAAUUUGCAAAAAGGGCUACCCUAAAUCAACAUAAAGCCAUUCAUUCAGCACGAAAGUUAUAUGAUUGUGAUGUGUGCCAUAAUAAAUUUAUUGCCAGUUCUACUCUAAUUAAACAUAAGGCAAUUCAUUCAGCACAUAAGUCAUGAUUGUGAUGUGUGCCAUAAAAAUUUACCUACAGGGGUAACCUAAAUAAACAUAAGACAAUUCAUUCAGCACAAAAGGUCAAAUGAGUGUUAUGUGUGUCAUAGAAAGAAAGUUUGCUACAAGGAUUUACUAAAUUACAACAUGAAGCUAUUCAUUAUGAAAAAGCACCAAUUGAGUGUGAUGUACAUCAUCAAGGGUUUUCUUGAAAUAAAAAACUAAAUAGACAUAAAAAAAUUCAUCUCAUUGCAUGAGUGAUUUGUGCUAUUAAAAGUUUGCUACAAGGAUAAUCUUUAUCAACUCAAAGCAAGUUAUACAGCAGAGAAUGCAAGAGUGUGAUUUGUGCCAAAGAAAGUUUCCUUUGAUAAUGACUCUUAAAUGUCAUCAAUUAAUUGAUUCAGAAAUAUGUUAAAUUAAACAUUUAUGAAUAUAAUAAAGUAUGUAUAAACAAAUCAAUUCAUAAAUAGAUUAAAUUAUAUUUGUAUAGUGUAAAAUGCUAUUUAUGAGGUAUACUAAAAUUCUGUCCAAUUUCAAUGAACCUUUCCCCCUCCCCUAGACGUUCACAAAAAUUUAGUAGACCUCCCAAAACUUACUACCAAUUUACUUUUUUGGACUCCAUCUCCGUGUGGACGUCAUAAAUGGAUAAGCCCUAAGCAAUACAGACAAUAUGAGUAUAAAGUGUUUCAUAAUAAAGUUUGCUUUUAUCAAGCAAAUUAUUCAAGAAAGGUCAAAUAUAUAUUCUUUAUGUGAAAACAAAAAUCUUGAUUUCUUUAUGAGACCUUAAACUUGAAAUAAAUUAACAAAAAAAACAACCAGAUAAACAAUGUGUUUUCUCCAUUUUAAAAUAUAAAACCUGAUGUUUUAAAGCAAAAGAUAUAUUUGACUGCUGUGUGUCUUAGCAAGUUUACUUCAAAAAGUCCUGUAGAAAUAAUUCAUUCAGGAGAGAAGUCAUAUUUUACUUAUUUCCAAAAAAAUCUGAUUUUUUUUUGUGCUUCACCAUGUCCAUUUGAAAAAUAUUCCUUGUUAUUACUUUUAGUGAAAUUUGCAUGAUCUGUGUGUAAUAUUAAUAUAUUAUAUAUUUAUGAAUA